UAGCUGAAGGAGUAGCGGCUUUCUCGAGCGCUGUACCUGGUGGGUUGCAGGUCUGGGGUCCUGGUGACAGCACAGGAGCAGGGUUGGAGCGGGCCGUCGGGGCUGAGCGGCGGGAUGAUGGAGGAGGAGGAACUGGAGUUCGUGGAGGAGCUGGAGGCCGUGCUGCAGCUCACGCCUGAGGUGCAACUAGCCAUCGAGCAGGUAUUUCCAAGCCAGGAUCCUCUUGAUCAAGCUGACUUCAAUGCCGUUGAGUACAUCAAUACUCUGUUUCCAACAGAGCAAUCUCUGGCAAACAUAGAUGAUGUCGUGAACAAAAUUAGACUGAAAAUAAGGAGACUGGAUGACAAUAUCCGGACUGUCGUAAGAGGUCAAACAAAUGUGGGGCAGGAUGGAAGGCAAGCACUCGAAGAGGCCCAGAAAGCCAUUCAGCAGCUCUUUGGCAAAAUCAAGGAUAUUAAAGACAAAGCAGAAAAAUCAGAGCAAAUGGUGAAGGAAAUCACCCGAGAUAUUAAGCAGUUAGACCAUGCCAAGCGCCACCUGACCACCUCAAUCACGACACUGAACCACCUACAUAUGCUCGCCGGUGGGGUCGACUCCCUGGAAGCCAUGACCAGGCGCAGACAGUAUGGAGAAGUUGCCAACCUCCUUCAGGGUGUGGUGAAUGUUCUGGAGCACUUUCACAAGUACAUGGGAAUCCCACAGAUCCGGCAGCUUUCUGAAAGGGUGAAGGCUGCGCAGACUGAGCUAGGACAGCAGAUCCUGGCUGAUUUUGAAGAGGCGUUUCCUUCACAGGGUACCAAGAGGCCAGGAGGACCCAGCAAUGUCCUGAGAGAUGCGUGCCUGGUGGCUAACAUCUUGGACCCCAGAAUCAAACAGGAAAUCAUCAAAAAGUUUAUUAAACAGCAUCUAUCAGAGUAUCUAGUACUUUUUCAAGAAAACCAAGAUGUCGCCUGGCUGGACAAAAUUGACAGACGUUAUGCCUGGGUGAAGCGCCAGCUUGUGGACUAUGAGGAGAAGUAUGGUCGGAUGUUUCCGCGGGAGUGGCACAUGACGGAGAGGAUCUCAGUGGAAUUCUGCCAUGUGACGAGGACAGAACUUUCCAAAAUCAUGCGAGCCAGAGCUAAGGAAAUCGAAGUGAAAUUGCUUCUUUUUGCAAUUCAGAGGACAACUAACUUUGAGGGGUUUCUUGCAAAACGCUUCUCCGGUUGCACCCUGACAGAUGGAACCCUGAAAAAGCUGGAGUCCCCACCGCCAUCUACCAAUCCCUUCCUGGAAGAGGAGACAACACCAGAGAUGGAGGAGCUGGCGCUGGAGAAAGGAGAAUUGGAGCAACCAAAGAAGCCGAAAGCCCCAGACAAUCCAUUUCAUGGCAUUGUUUCCAAGUGUUUUGAGCCUCAUCUCUACGUGUACAUUGAGUCCCAGGACAAAAACCUCAGCGAGCUGAUAGACCGGUUUGUGGCAGAUUUCAAAGCCCAGGGCCCACCGAAACCGAACACUGACGAAGGGGGUGCUGUACUCCCCAGCUGUGCUGACCUCUUUGUCUACUACAAGAAGUGCAUGGUGCAGUGCUCACAGCUUAGCACAGGCGAGCCCAUGAUUGCCCUGACUACCAUAUUCCAGAAGUACCUCCGAGAAUACGCCUGGAAAAUCCUCUCUGGCAAUCUGCCUAAGACCAGCAGCAGCAGCGGGGGGCUGACCAUCAGCAGCCUCCUCAAAGAGAAGGAGGGCUCCGAAGUGGCCAGGUUCACUCUGGAGGAGCUGUGCCUCAUCUGCAGCAUCCUCAGCACAGCCGAGUACUGUCUGGCCACCACCCAGCAGCUAGAAGAAAAACUCAAAGAAAAAGUGGAUGUGAGUCUGACUGAACGAAUUAAUCUCACCGGAGAAAUGGACACAUUCAGCACUGUCAUCUCCAGCAGCAUCCAGCUGUUGGUUCAGGAUCUGGAUGCAGCCUGCGAUCCUGCCCUGAUUGCCAUGAGCAAGAUGCCGUGGCAGAAUGUGGAGCAUGUUGGUGACCAGAGUCCUUACGUCACUUCUGUUAUUCUCCACAUUAAGCAGAACGUCCCUAUCAUCCGUGACAACCUGGCUUCCACACGGAAAUACUUCACGCAGUUCUGCAUUAAAUUUGCAAACUCAUUCAUCCCCAAAUUUAUCACCCACCUCUUCAAGUGCAAGCCAAUCAGCAUGGUGGGAGCAGAGCAGCUGCUGCUGGACACGCACUCCCUGAAGAUGGUCCUGCUUGAUCUCCCAUCCAUUGGCUCCCAGGUGGUGAGGAAGGCACCUGCCAGUUACACCAAGAUUGUCGUGAAAGGCAUGACCCGGGCUGAAAUGAUCCUCAAGGUGGUGAUGGCCCCUCAUGAGCCAUUGGUGGUAUUUGUUGACAACUACAUCAAACUCCUUACGGAUUGCAACACAGAAACCUUCCAGAAAAUACUGGACAUGAAGGGGCUGAAGAGGAGCGAGCAGAGCGGCAUGCUGGAACUCUUUCGACAGAGGCUCCCUGCCCCACCCUCAGGGACAGAAAAUUCCAGCACACUGUCCCUAAUGGCUCCAACACCAGAGCAGGAAUCAUCCCGCAUCCGUAAACUUGAGAAACUGAUUAAGAAGAGACUAUAAGGAAUAUACAGACAUUGCCAGGGACCCUGAGCUACUGAUUUCUGGAAACCCUCACUCUCGGGACUCUAGGUCCUCAGUCUUGAAACCUCUAGGGGCAUUACAGUUAUUAAACUAUCACUCCCAUUCCCUGUCUUCACUCUAUGCCAGUCAGGGAAACUGAGUGAAACCAGGUUGUAAAAAGGCAUUUUUAGAUUACCUACCGUCCUGAAGCUGGGGCAGCAUUGGGUGAAAGGUCCCUGUGGCUCACUUCUAUCUCCAGGCUGCCGUGAUGGUUGAGUUGCCAUGUCACCUCCCCACAUAGCCCUCCUCACCAUCUCUGGACCCCACCAGCCUGUACCUGCAGCUUGACUGAGGAAGCAUGGAUCUCACCCCUUCCUCCCUCUGCGUUUGAGGUCAAAGCCUCUGCAACCAGGGGUGCCUUUUCCUCUUUGUCUCUGGAAUUGGCUUGGGGCCUGAGUGGACUCAGUGACAGAUGACAGAGUGGGGUACUGGCUCUUUACCAGGACCCUGCCAGGACUGGCACAUCCCUUGUUACUUGCUGCUUUCUGGGGCUUCAAUCUGACUUCCAUGACAUGGCCAAAUUACCCCCGUGUCCACACACGUCUCUGUACUCCCCAGGAGAGCAAUGCACACCGCUAAUCUUACACAUGAGGAGGCAGACUAAGGAUGCUGGCAUGCCCAGCCUGGGCAUCAGAUGUCUUGCCUGUGAUGGGCUCCUGAGCUGGAGUGGAGGCACCUAGAGCUGACUUAGAGACACAGAGUCUGCAUGGCGCUCUCCCUGAACAUGAACACAUUGUCCUGCCCACUUUGCUCCUGGAUCCGAGGGAGGGGACUGUCUUCUGAGACACCAGGAAGUUCCCUUGGAAGGGCUUUCUUUGGCUUUUUUGGCAGAAGCUGUGAGAAGGAAGACACAGGAAAUCUGGCCGCCUGACUUCCCGCUCCCUGGUACAUUGCAAGUCUGGAGUACUUUCCAGAGCCCCUGAAACAUGGUGGCCGCAUGCAGCACCUCAGUGGCGCAGCACUACCACCAAGAGAGACACCUAGGAAUGUGAUUAUUGACCUUGCAACCCAGAUUCAGAGCCUGGAAGAGCCCAGAGCAUAGCUCAACCCUGUCCUGACCAUGCUGCCGACCACUAACUCCUGAAAUCAAGCUCUGCAGUGGGGAAUCGUCCCACCUCUAGGGAAUGGCACCUCACCAGGGCAGCCAUACCCUGCUCUCUUGGCUCGUUAGAAACCAAGGUUCAGUUACAUGACCACUACCUCAGUGUGACCACCAUUAGUGACAGCUUUCGGCAGGUGUGAACAUGUCAUCCAGUAGGACAGUAAGAUCCCAGAUCCCAGGGCCACCCCUUCCAUCACCACCACAGCAACAAACCUCAUCUGGUUAUUUCUGGAUACCCGUAAUGCUCAGCUUGCAUCCUGGGCCCUAUGUCUCUUCUCUUUUUCUUUUCUUUUUUAUUCUUUUGACCACGAAGCUACACCCCAGUCCUAGAGCCUCAUUUCUUCAUCAGCGUCUAAAAUAUUCUUAUUAGUCACUAUAACGCUUAUGUACUGAGCAUUUUGAAACUCUAAACAGAAAGAAAACAAGUGGCAAGAAAAAGGCAUGUCACUCUUGGUCGAGAUGUAUCAUAACUUAGACAAGCGCAGCCCACUGGUGCUCAGCAGAAGGAUUCCUCUGUGCUGCCCUGUGGGUCCAGUAGUUGUGUGGCUUGCCCUGUUUUGGAAAAGAGGGGCUGUCUCAAAACAGCACAACCAGUUCAGCACUUGCCACCCACCUAGGGGAGCCGAGGAAGCCAGCGGGCUCUUCCCACACCAGGCCACUGUCACCAGACUCACACAGCUCACUGUGCUUCUCCUUCCAGCCCUCUCUGUGAUGGCAUUGAGAUGUCAAGCUGCCAUUCCUCCCAGUCGGUGGUCACAGCCAGCGAAGUGACUUCCUUGAUGUAUCGCACUGUCGGUAAUCACCGAGGAGCCAGCAGAUAGAUGUCAGUAGGAGUUAUGUUAAAUGUCUUCUUGAUGAGGACUGAAUAUGGUGUGUUCUGCAGAGACAGCCUAUUCCUCACCUGGGGAAUGCAUUAGAGUCCCCUGGGGCCCUUUGAAAAAUGCAGAUGUCUGAAGGCUUAGCUCUGUAAGUCUGCAGUAAGGCCUGGCGUGUAUAUGUUUAGAAGCUGUCAGUGUCCACGGGAGACUGGUUCCAGGACCACACACACCCCAUGCAGAUGUUCUGUCCCUUCUUUUAAAUGGCAGUGUAUGUAAAUAAUCUAAGCACAUCCUCUCAUUGACACUAAAUAUUCUAGAGUAUGCAUAAUGCCUCAUACGAUGUAAAUACUACAUAAAUAGUUAUAAAUAGUUAGGUUGUUAAAUAGUUAGGUUUCGGGCGGUUUUAUUGUUUUUGGGUUUGGGUAGUGGUUUUGUUUGUUUGUUUAAAGAUUUGUUUAUUUUGUACACAGUAUUUUGCCUGCAUGUAUGCCUGCAGGCCAGAAGAGGGCACCAGAUCUCAUAACAGAUGGUUGAGAGCCACCACGUGGUUGCUGGGAAUUGAACUCAGGACCUCUGGAAGAGCAGCCAGUGCUCUUAACCGCUGAGCCAUCUCUCCAGCCCUUUUUGUUUUGUUUUUAAGACAAUCUCAGUAGCUAUGUAAUCCAGGCUGACCUUAAACUCAUAACCCAGCCUGGCUUCCCAGCUACUGGCAGUAUAGGUAUGCACUGCCAUACCUCAAAGUCAAUAGUUGUUACACCGGAUGGCUUAGGAACUAAUCACAAUUGAGAAACUAGUCUGUAUGUGUUCGAACGGGUUCUUUUUUUCUCCCCAAAUAUUGUUAUUGCCUUUGAUUGAAACACCACAUGCAUGACCCAUAGAUACAAAGGAUCAACUGUAGACUGCUCACUCCCUGCUCUCAGCCCUUGCACUGAAAAGAGAAAGGUCAUUUUAAACGGAGUUCUAUAGCCCAUUUUCACAAAUGUGUGUUUCUCUGACUGUCUAACUCAAGGCUGGUACCAACAUGGCCUUUUUUAUGGCUAGCAGCUUUCAUCUGAAGCUUGUUUAGAUGACUUUUCCCAUAGUGGUCAGGGUUCUUGUUUUUAUGCCUGUGGCUCAGCCUUUAUUUAUUAUUGUCACUUCAAAACAAUAUACAUAACUAGGUGUUAUGUUUAUUUAAUUCUUUAAUUCGAACACUGGGGAGGCAGAAACAGGCGGACCUCUGAAUUAGAGGCCAGCUUGGUCUACAUAGGGAGUUCCAGGCCAGCCAAGGCUACACAGAGAGAUACUCUUGAAGAACAACAGGACAAAAACAGCAGCACCAGAUGUGAAGAGUUCUCUGUGACUCUUGUUAGGACGGAUAGCUGGCUCAGAGGGGCCAGGCUGGAGAAGGCUUUGUUUAGACUGUACCUGCAGUGCAGAAACCAUGAAGAACCUCUAGCCUCUUGGAGAGCCUUGCAGGUGCAAGGCCUUGGGCACACACCCUAUCAUGGAAAAGAAAAUUCCUCUCUGGCAGAACAAGAAUAAGCACCAAGACUCUGCCCAGCACCCAGGAAGGUGCCCACUUCACAUGCAUCUCAAGUGGCCCUUAGUUGCAGAUGAAAUGACGGAGAGCAGAGAGCACAGGUCCCAGCUGCUGCCUGGUGGGGGCAUUACACAGGCCCAUCCUGAGUCGCUGUUGGACAAGGAAACCUGGCUCCCUGUUUACAGCAGGCUAAAGGAAAUUGCCAGAAGUACGCAGCUGGAAAUGUCAUUCCACUCCCUAGGAAGAGAAGUCUCAAAAUAACCUUAGCUUGCUUGAGAGGGGAAGGCCAGUUCCACACAUAUUGUCUACUCCAAGUUGGAUUCCCAAAAAUAAAAUUGUUAGGGCUGACUGCAUCGGGCCAUUUAAGCAUUAACCUUGGAAACAGGCUUGUGAAAAGCCAGCAGACAUGAAGAGAACCAUUACAUUUUACAUAUGAAAUAAAAAUUUCCAGUCCCAUCCUAACUGUCCAUCAACAAAGCCUGUUGGGCCCGCAGAGUCCCGCACCUUGGGGAGAUGUAAAUUUCUUUCAAAUAAAAGAAUCAUUCUUCUGUGUAAGUGUCUUUCGUUUUCCCCAUCUGGAGCUGAUUUCUUGCUGCAUCUUGAAAUACAAAACACUGCAGCUAAUUAAAGCGUUACUGAAUGUCAUUUGCUAGGAUGUCUUUGCCUACUGCUGACAGAAAACAGAAGGAACCCUAAGAAGAAGCCUGAGCUCCCCUCCCCGCCGCCACACUUCUCACGGAGGCAGGUGGGGGGACUUGCCCUGCUUUCCUGACAGUCUAAGGAAGCUGCGCCCAAGGAGAACGUGGCAGCCCGGGGCCGCCGCCGGCUGUCCAGCCGCAGUGGCACCCUCUCUCUGAAUGUGUGGCAAGUGUACUGCUCCCGGUUUGGAUUCCACUUGGCGCUGAGUUUCCAUCUGUUGGAUCUCCCCUCCCCUGUCGUUCCACUCUCAGCCCAGAUGCCCAUGCGGCUGCCCAGAGAGCUCUCGCCUGCACACAGCAAGUUAUUCCUGCUUCCUUCACAGCUGGGUGGGCAUUUUGCAAUGAGAUCUUUGAGGGAAUUCUGAUUUUCCUUCAACAGUGGAAAAUCUGCCGUAGCACUUCCAUUAGGCUGGCCUGGGAGCUUUACCUAGUUUCCAUCCGUCGUCACCGGCUCCUGCUUCCAGAGGAUGGCCAGGGAAGGCUCUCAUGAGAAAAGAAGCACUUCCGAUUUUCCCACCCCAGAGGGCCGCGUGCAAGAUGAUUUUCCUCCCAGCCCUCCGCCUUCUCACCUCCAUAGCCAGGCAGAGGAAGCUUUGGUGAGCAGUGGCUUAUGAAGAAUGUGCCACUGGAAACC